AAAAUUAUGUGAAAAAUGUUUCUUAUAAAAGAGUAUAUAAAGAGAACUACCCUUCAAGGUGAUCAUAUACAAAUCAGACAAACUGAUAACACUUCAAAAAGCCUCGAAAAUUUAUCGAAGACUGAUUUCAAGCAUCAUGAAAGAUUCAUUCCAGAUUAUAAAGCUUCUAAUUCUGGGGCUGGCUUCAAUUGUUGUAAGCUCUCCUGUUCCUGGUGCCAAAAAGGCAUUACCACCAAAAACAGCAGCACAUUGCUGUGUGGACGGUGCAGUGCGUACAGGUAUUCGACAGCUUUUGCCAAUGUCWAGAAUACUUGGCAGRGAUGUCAUGGAUGCAGCAAAAAAUCUCUCAAGGAAGUGGACGAUGCCUUCCACCAGUGGAUCGAACACCAAUAAACCAAUAGUGAAUCUGAUAUGCACUGACCUUUCCAAGUUAAAAUGCUUCCACGAAAAGAUUCGCAAGGCGAAGACUGCCUACAGUACCCUCCCUAAGACAAAGGCAAGAGACAACGUGAUUAGAAAGCUGACCGAAAUCGACUUUCAAAUUAAAGAUCUUUACGCUCAGCUUCAUAGAGCCCAGCAAGCCAUCUCACCUUGUGGAUCUGCACAACAAAGCGUUUGUACGAUGACAGGACCAACACAUACCGCGACUAAACGUACUAGUCAACAGGUCGCCAAACACCUGUUCAAAGUGCUGUCCGAUCUUCAUGGAGAGCUAAGAGCUAUGGGCGUUGACUUCAAGAAACUGCGGAAAACAUGCCCUGUUGCUAGUGUCCAACCUGCAGUAGGUCAGAGUAAACCUCUGCCGUGUUUGUAACCUGGGUACUAAAUUAUUAUCACACUUCAGAGCAUGAGGA